ACCGCCGCCCCCACAUCUAUCCACCCGCCCGCCCGUCCGUCCGUUCGUUCGUCUCCACGCGCAAACGAGAGAGAGAGAAGGCUAGGUCGUCGUCGUCGUGAGGCGGAGAGAUCUGGGAGGAGGAGGAGCGAUGGACGGGAAGCUACCCCCGCCGAACCCGAACCUGCCGUACCGGGAGGACUGCUGGAGCGAGGGCGAGACGGCGGCGCUCGUCGACGCCUGGGGCUCGCGCUACCUCGACCUCAACCGCGGGAGCCUCCGCCAGCCGCAGUGGCGGGAGGUCGCCGACGCCGUCAACUCCCGCCCGGGGGCCUCCGCGCGCGGCCGCCCGCCGCGCACCGACAUCCAGUGCAAGAACCGCGUCGACACGCUCAAGAAGAAGUACAAGGCCGAGCGCGCGCGUGGCGGGCCGUCGCCGUGGUCCUUCUACGGCCAGCUCGACAUCCUCGUCGGGCCCACGCUCAACGGCACCAAGAAACCGUCCCCGCCGCGCGCCGCGCUGCCCGUGUUCCGGAGGCGCCAGACGCCGCCGCGCUCCCCGUCGCCGCAAUCGCCGCCGCCGCUUCCCGUGGCCCUCCCGCUGCACAAUUACCGCCGUGGCUCCGACCUCCCUUCCGCAAACUUCAUCCAUAAGGCCGCCGCGGCGGCCGCCGCCGCCGCCGCCGCCGCGGAGUCCGACUCGGAAGAUGGCUACAACAACAACGAGUACGACGAUGACGAAGGCUCUCAGCAGUCGCCGUCACGUUCUGUAUCUUCUCGCUCCGGUGGUGCUCCUGCUGUUGGCACCAAGAGGAAGAGGCGCAGCGGGAGCGGUGGAUUCGGGGAGCUAGCGAGGGCAAUCGAGACCUUCGCGGAUAUGUACGAGCGCAUGGAAGCAGCCAAGCAGCGACACGCAGAGGAGAUGGAGAGGCAGCGAAUCAAGUUCCUCAAGGAUCUGGAGCUGAAGCGGAUGCGGUCUUUUGUGGACAUGCAGCUGCAGCUUUCGAGGGCAAAGCACGCCAGGAAGGGUGAUGCUUCCUCGGAGAUGCUCAUGUCUCUCGCUGCACUGCCCUUCCUCAGCAGCUCUGCUUAUCUUUAAGGGCCUGUUCAGUUAGGGAUGGAUUCUCCAAUCCCCUCAAUCCACCCCUAGCCUUAAAUUGGAAGAGUUUGGUAAAGGAAUAUUUUGACCUUCAAUUAGGAAUUUAGGAUACAGUGAGUUGGUUGCUGUGCUAGACUUGUUCGUGGAUUGUUUGUGUUUCCUAAGAUACUGUAAUUUUUCAUACGAACCACGGAGGUAUUGCAGGUCUUCAAAAUUUAAAUGUACCUUGCAAUGCAUUAUGCCCAAGUUUUUUCUUAGAUGGAAUGAAAUUUACUGGUUUACAACA